UCAAUGCCUUACUGUAUGACAGUUUGGGUUUCCGUGAAGCAACUAGGUGGAGAGACGAGAGGACGGAGGGAGAGUGUCACCUGCUGUCACUUAUCAACAUGUAGUGCCAAGCUGAGUGCCACCAGGGGGAAGGCCAUGAAGAUGAAAUGUACUUACAGACUCCUGGUACUCCUGGGGGCUGCUUCCUGCCUCCUAGUCCUGCUGGGAAUCACAGGGGACGUCUCAAGAAUUCUGGACUUAGGAAGAUGCAGUUCGGUAUCCUCCCAAAAUUCUCCAGUCUCUCUCCCUCUCCUCCCUAGGUCUGCUUAUAAUGCCACUCCUGCCAGCCCGACUUCCAAGCCUGCAGCCACCAAGAGGCCCCAGCAUCUCGUGACUCGCUGGGAGGCCGCGGCUGUGGGUCAUGGGAAUAGAGAAGAAAAGAUUACAAGGAUGGUGCUCGCUGUGGUGUGCUGUGGUGAUCGGCUUAAUGAAACACGCACAAUGUUGAAGUCUGCUGCAGCUCUCUCCCACUCCCCACUUACUAUGAUUGUGUUCACCGAGGAGACUCUGAAAUCAGCAUUCACUGAGAUGCACUCUUCUUGGCCGGUUGAAGUUCGUUUCCGCAUCACCCUGGACCUGCACAGCAUCACCUUCCCCCCUGGCCAGGAUGCUGCCACCUGGAGGAAGCUAUUUAAACCCUGUGCUUCACAGAGACUCUUUAUGCCGUCCCUGCUACAUGAGGUGGAUGCCCUAAUCUACGUGGACACAGACACCCUGUUCCUGGCCCCCCUGGAGCACCUUUGGGGCCAUUUCUCAGCCAUGAAUGCCUCCCACAUGGCAGCGAUGGCCCCAGAACAUGAGGACCUGGCCACUGGAUGGUACAAUCGCUUUGCCAAACACCCUUACUAUGGACGCCUUGGUGUUAACUCAGGAGUCAUGCUGAUGAACCUGACUCGCCUCCGUCGCUUUGGAUGGGAAGAGUAUGUGGUCCCCAUCUACAAGUUCUACCGGCUGGCCAUCACUUGGGGUGACCAGGACAUUAUUAACAUUAUCUUCCACUUCCACCCAGAUAAGCUGUAUGUUUAUGGCUGUGAGUACAACCUCCGUCCAGACCACUGUAUGUACAUGAGCGUGUGUAAAACUGCUGAGAUACGAGGUAUCUUUGUUCUUCAUGGCAACAGGGGAACCUUUCACACCAACAAGCAGCCUGCCUUCAGGGCUGUCUACCAGGCCUGGGAUGAGUAUCAGCUGGGGCAGGACUUGCGACAGGACCUGUACUACCCCAUGCAGCGCUUCCUGCUCAAGGCUUCCAACACCACCUGUGGCAAGAUACACCAUGCAUUCCUCAAAGCUCUCAGCUCCAUUGUCAGGCUCAGAUGACCUCCACCACCCUAGGCCUGAAGAAAGAGGUCAGUCAUGCACAAGGACUCAACAGAAAGCUUAUAUUUCCUUGCUGAUGGUGAUGAUGGUAGGAGAAGUGGUAGUGGUCAUGAUGAGAAAAGAUGCUGUGAAGGAUUAGAUCUCAUUGUGUGGUGAGUGAAAUUAAACUAUGAGGAUUUUUAUAGUAUUGAAUCAUAUGCAAGUGCAUUCAUAGAGAAUUUGGACGAUCAUUUGAUGCUGAGAUAAGAACGAGAUGCUGUGUGUGUGUGUGUGUGUGUGUGUGUGUGUGUGUGUGUGUGUGUGUGUGUGUGUGUGUGUGUGUGUGUGUGUGUGUGUGUUUAAUUAGUUUUCCUAGUUGUAAUUUAUAAUGCUCGAGCCAAAGCUUAUUUUGUCCUGUCUCCAGUUUCUCUUUAAACACGUGUAUUCUGUUUGCCAAAACCACCUCUUCCUUCAAAUCAUUCCAGAUUUCAAUAGCUCAAUACAGGAAGCUGUAUUUCUUGAUGUCGCUUGAACGUCCAUUUUUCUUUAUUUUCCCCUGCCACCUCAUCCAUCUCUCUCUCCUCCAUCUGUGGUAUCAAGAAAUUUCUGUCUAUUCUAUAUUGUUUACUAAUUUGUACAUUGUUAUCAGGUCUCCUCUUUCUCUUCUCUAUUGUAGUGUUGGUGAUCCCAUCUCUUCAAGUCUUUCUUCAUAGUUUAAGUCUUUCAGUUCUGAUACCAUAUUUGUUGCUAUCCUCUGUAUUCUUUCCAGUUUCCGUAUAUUUUUUCUUCUUUGUGGAGCCCAAACUACUGCUGUGUAUUCCAAUUUAAGUUGUAUCAUGCUUUGUUAUAAUUUUCUUCAUCAUUUCUUUAUCUAAAUAGUUAAAUGGCACCAUAAUUGUUAACAAGCUGUAUGUACAGCUGAAUAUUCAAUUUAUGCCUUUCAGGUGAUAGUGUGUCCUGAAUCAUUACUCCCAAACCUUUUUCUUCAUUACUUUUUCAUUAUUAUUUCUCCUCCCAUUUUGUAAUUACAUUAAAGUGUAUUUUGACUUUUUCCUAUUUUCAACAUGUGGCACUUUCUGGCAUUAAAUUAUAAUUUCCAUCUUUGCCUCCAUGCAUGUAUCUUGUCAAUAUCCUUUUGUAACUCGUAGCCAUUUUCAUCCUUUAUUAUUUUCACAAUUUUGUAUCAUCAGCGAAAAGGCUUAUAUAACUAUUUAGAUCCUGUCAUAUCAUUUGCAUAUUUUUGAAACAAAAUGGGUACCAACACAGAUCCUUGCAGUAUCCCACUUGUCACUUCACGCCAACUUGAAUUAGUGUCUCUGAUUACUGUUCUCAUUUCUCUCCCUUGUAAAUAAUCAUCCAUCCAUCUCAAUGUUGCUCCCUUUAGUCCUCCUUCAUUCUCUAGUUUCCAUAUAAGACUUAUGUUAGAAACUUUAUCAAAUGCUUUUUUGAGAUCCAAACAUACCACAUCAACCCAUCUGUCCCUCUCUUGCACUCCAUCUAUUACUCUUGUAUAAAAAGCUCAGUAGAUUAGUGACACAGGAUCUCCCUCUCCUGAAUCCAAAUUGCUUUUCUGUAAUUAUUUUUUCAUCUUCUAAAUAUUGCACCAUCUAUCUUUAAUUACUAUUUCACAAAGCUUGUUUACAAUAUUUGUUAGUGACACUAGUCUGUAAUUUAAUGGUUCCAUUUUAUUUCCCUCCUUGUAUAUUGGGACUAUGUUAGCUGUUUUCCAUUCCCUUGGUACUUUUCCUUCUUUCAACAAGCUGUUGAUUACAUCCCAUAUGGGAUGUUCCAUUUGUUCUCUGCAUUCUUUUAAUAUCCAUCCAUUUACUUGAUCUGGUCCCAUGGCUUUUCCAACAUCCAGCUCUUCCAGCAGUUUCUUGAUUUCUUUUCUCUUUACUUGUAUCUCCUGUAUUCCCUCAUUCUGUGAUACCACUUUCAGUGCCACAAAUUUGGUUUCCUUUGUAAACACAGAUUGAAAACUCAUUCAUUAGUUAACUCAUCUCCUCAGUAGUUUCAUAAAUUCUCCCUUCUCUUUUUAACUUGUUUAUGUCAUCCCUAUGUUUAAUUUUUUCAUUUACAUAUCUGUGUAAGAGUUUGGGUUCUUCCUUGCAUUUUGUUACUCUUUAACUUUCAAGCAUUCUUUCUUCUUAUUAUACCAUAUCCAUUCCUUUCUGUAUUCUUCCCUAAUUAUUUCUGUUCAGUUUUUUUGUAAUUUUUCUCCAUGCCCUGUCCUUUUUUUUUUUUUUUUUCUUCUAUGCACCUGGCAUAAUACCAUUCAUGCUUCCCAAUUUUCACUUUAUAACUUGGUACAAACUGUUGCACCACCUCUCUAUACUUGCUCAAAAAUAUACCAUAUUUUCUUACACUACUUUGGCUUCAAAUAACUCAUUACAGUUAAUUUUUC